UGAAAAAGAAGAUACAUUAGAGACGGAGACAAAAAUAAAAAUAAUAAAAAAAUAUGAAAGCGAUGACGAGAAAGUCAACGCUGGUCGUCUCAUCGUCUCCUUGCGCAUUGCCGUCGUUCAAAUAGGGGCUUCUGGAUUAGGGGUUUUGGGAGGGUUUUCUGGAAUUUGAUUUUUUUCCAAAUUAUCUUGAAACGCGAUUCAAGGUUUAAAGGUGGAGUGAUGCUGCAGAGUUCGCACCCGAAUUACAGACCCAUCCCGCCGGAGUUGACUCAUCACCGGCUUAUCGAGCUCGUCAAAACUGCUCUCAUCAACAUUUUCGUCUACCCUUAUGCCACGGUUUGCGAUUUGUAUUGUGGACAAGUACCGGAUGAAGACAAGUGGGACGAAGCUCAAAUUGGCCAUUAUAUCGGAAUUGAUGUCGCCACUUCCGGCGUCAGUGAAGUACGAGAAGCUUGGGGGAGUCAACGCAAGUCCUACACUUCCCAGUUCUUCGAGCUUGAUCCUUGCAUUGAAGACAUAGGUUUGCAGUUGCAAGGAGAGGAUAAUCAAGCUGACAUAGUUUGCUGCAUGCAUAAUUUGCAGCUUUGCUUCGAGACGGAGGAAAAAGCAAAGAGAUUAUUGCAAAACGUGUCAUCUUUGCUGAAACCAGGAGGUUACUUUUUUGGAAUCAUUCCUGAUUCAUCUACUAUAUGGGCCAAGUACCAAAAGAAUGUUGAAGCCUACCACAACAAAGGAGCUGGAAUGAAGCCCAAUAUUGUUCCUAAUUGUAUUAGAUCAGAGAGCUACAUGAUUACUUUUGAAGUCGAGGAAGAGAAGUUUCCAUUCUUCGGAAAGAAAUACCAGCUGAAAUUUGCAACUGAUGUUACUGCUGAAUCCCAUUGCCUAGUUCAUUUUCCCAGCCUGAUCAGGUUGGCUAGGGAGGCUGGUCUUGAGUACGUUGAGUUACAAAAUUUGACGGAGUUUUAUGAUGAUAACCGCACACAAUUGGCAGGCAUGCUUCAAGAUUUUGGUCAUAAUCUAGUUGAUCCCCGAGGCAGGCUUCUUCCCAGAUCGUUUGAUGUUUUAGGCCUGUUUACCACUUUUGUUUUCCAAAAGCCGGAUCCUGACGUUGCCCCUCCACUUCUAACUCCUUUAUUGCAGGAUGGUAGUCACGCUCAAGAUGAGGGAGACUGGCAUGUAAAUGAGUGGAGAGACGAUGAGCCGACAGUCCAGAUUGAAACUUCGAUAGGAUUAGGCAAGAUAACUGAGCAGAAAGGAAUUCUAGGACCUGGGCCACCGGAGUUGCGCUUUGCUGAAGCUCUUUGACCUAACAUUAACUUGGAAAAGUGCUAGCUGUACAGAAUGUUGACAAGUAAUAACUUUGAUAUAGUAGCAGUACUAUUUAGAGCCAGGUAACAGGAAAUUCGAUGACUCCAAAAGAAGCAACUGCUUGGUGUUGUGUUGUUCAGACUACUGAGAUUGGGACAUGGAAGAGACGGUGUAUGAUUUUUUCUAUUAGUGACGUGAAGCAGAUUUUGUUUCUUUGACGAUCUGUAGAGUACUAGAGAAUAGUGCGGACCAGAUUUGGAUUUUACGACAUUUUAUUUGUGAAUAUGCAAUGUGUCAAAGAUAGGCUGUUUAGUUAUGGUAUUAUUAUAUGUAAUGUAUAUCAAAGACCUACAUCCUUGUGGAUUUCUCGAUGUACUUCUGGUAUCCAACAAUUGAGUACCAAUCAUAGAAGAAAAGAAAUGGAAAAGAUCGUACCCCAAAGGAAAGAAAAAGAACUAGAGAC